GUGUGUGUGUUCAUAUAUCUGUGAUCUGCAAGCUGUGACUACAACUCCCAACAUGCCCUGACAACCCAGGCUGUAGGCAUAUCUCUCCUGGAGCAUCAGCGGCACAUCUCAGGACAAUGGCAGAAGAGGCUGGACCCGUGGAUGUGGAUGGCAGCAUUAUGGAGGGGGGGGGUCAGAUCCUGCGUAUCUGCACUGCUCUGAGCUGUCUUCUGGGAAUUAGAGUCCGAGUGUUAAAGAUAAGAGCAGGACGAAGCACACCCGGCCUCAGGCCACAACAUUUAUCAGGACUGGAAACUGUUCGAGAUUUGUGUGCUGGCCAAUUGGAAAAUGCUUCAAUUGGGUCUACAGAGAUAAAUUUUACCCCAGGAAGAAUAAAAGGGGGCUCUCUGACUGCUGAUACAAAGACUGCCGGGAGUGUGUGCUUAUUACUUCAGGUCUCCCUUCCUUGCGUCCUCUUUGCUGAAGCACCUUCUGAACUGAUCUUUAAAGGUGGCACAAAUGCAGAGAUGGCCCCACAGAUUGAUUAUACCACUAUGGUUUUCAAGCCGAUGGCUGAACAUUUCUCCUUUAAAUUAGAUUGUGACAUCAGGAGAAGGGGUUACUACCCUCGUGGUGGAGGAGAAAUCUUAGUCAGGGUUUCCCCUGUCAAAUACUUGAAGCCAAUUAACUUGACAGAUCGAGGAUCGAUCACAAAGAUCUAUGGACGAGCAUUCGUGGCUGGUGUCCUUCCAUACAAGAUGGUGAAGGAUAUGAUUUCAGCUGCAGUACGCUGCAUACGACGGGAGCUCAGGGAUCUUUAUGUGAAUAUCCAAGGUGUUCAAGAACCUGGAGACAAAGCGGUAGGAAAUGGCAGUGGGAUCAUAAUUGUUGCUGAGACAUCGACCGGCUGUUUAUUUGCAGGUUCAUCUCUAGGACGGAAAGGGGUACCCUCAGAUCGUGUGGGUGCAGAAGCUGCAGAAAUCCUUCUCCGAAACAUUCGUCAUGGAGGCUGCGUUGAUGAAUAUUUACAGGACCAGUUGAUCAUUUUUAUGGCCUUGGCAGAUGGGGUCUCACGGAUCAAGACAGGACCCCUGACCUUGCAUACACAGACAGCCAUCCACUUUCUAGAACUGCUUACCAAGGCCAAAUUUACAGUGACGAAAUGUGAAGAGCCAGGCACAGACAACUUUAUCAUAGAAUGUCAAGGAAUUGGCCUUCAGAAUAAGAACAUCUGACAGUCGCCUAAGAAUCCCGGAGAAGACGGCAGCACAGCAUGCAGUGAAGAAAGCAUGACACUAGGGGGCAGUGCACAUCUAGUGCUUUCUCACCAUGUUUACAGCUUUACCUUCAGUCUGAGAGAGAAUCAGAUUGUGUGCAUGAAACAGAGUUUAAUAUGUUACUGCUGAGAGAGUGAUAUGCGCCAUGCCUCCAAAUAAACCGGGGAAGCAAAGUGAUGCUACAUUUGGAUUUCAGUUUGUCAGCGCACUUGAUUACUUGAAUGCCUCUUAUGUUGAUAUUUGCUCUCCUCUUUAUAAUUUAUUUUUAUUUAUUUUACACACUUUUAUAUAGCGCUGACAUUGUAAAAUAUAAGAGUGAAACUGGAUCGCACAUCCUCAAUACUAUGCUUUUAUCU